CAGGUGAGAAUGAAAAUCAUAAAACAUUAAAAACAACUUCCUGUCUGGAAAUAAAGUCUCUGAAGCGACUUUCAGUUUCUGCUUUGGUUAUUGUAGCAUUUCCUUUAUCAUGGUUCACAUUGAUAGAUGUUCUUAUUCUGCAGAGUUUGCUGCGUCCCGCUGCAGCGGAGCGGAAGUCCGGAUGAGACGGGAACCAGUGGUGGGUCGCGACCUCUGGGCAUUCAUCGGGUCUUCACCAACAUCCGGGAACGCCGGCGGCAGCAGAGCGUCAACGGGGCGUUCGCCGAGCUGCGGCGCCUCAUCCCCACUCACCCCCCCGACAGGAAGCUGAGCAAGAACGACAUCCUGCGCCACGCGCUGCGCUACAUCCACUUCCUGGACCGGCUGCUGGUGGACCAGGAUGGCGGCGGCCUGCAGGGGGCGUCUUCGCCCCGCUGGGCCCGGAGCUCAGAGGACGGCGUGUUGGAGCAGCAGCGCUACCUGCACCGCUACCAGGUGCAGCUGAGCAGCCAAUCAGAGCCCGCCGACGGCCAGACCCCGCCCAGACUGGAAGCUGAACUGGAAACCAGUUCUGGUGUUUGGCUUCUAUGUUAAAGACUUUUGGCUCGGUGCGGAUAUCAAUGUCAAAAACUGCAUUUCCAUUUGAAAUGAACAUAAAACUUUGUUGAUUUUCCACAAAGUAGGAAGAAUAACAUUUCAACAUUAGCAACAUUUCGCUAAUGUCGAAAUAACACAAUUUUAAAAUUCCAGUGGAAAUAAGGAACACAAUUAAAAUCACAUGGUGAGUCAGUUCACACAGGAAGCUGCGCCACCGUCCACUUCCUGUCGCCUUUGUCGUUUCCUCCAGUAGUAACUUCCUGUUGUUAGUCAUGUGACCCAGAAUCAGUGUUUCUGUCGUUGUUUUGUGAAAUGAAACAAUUUUAAUACGAAAAAAAAACUACAAAAUGUGAGUUUUGUCUAGUUUGAUUUAAGUGAAUUUAUUCAGCAAACAUGAAAUUGUGUAACAGCGUCGUCAACAGAAACGCAACGAAGUUUAUAGAUUGUUAGGCUAAAAAUGAUGAAGAUGACGAUCAUCAUCAUCAUCAUCAUCAACCUUUUGUUUCAGAGAAACUUAAGAAGUGACGCCAUGUGACAUUCACAUCUACACUGCAAAAACACAAAAUAGAACCAAGUGGUUUUUAUCUAGUUUCUGGUUCAAAGGUCACUGAAACUAAAUUACUUCAGGAAGAUAUGAGAUUUUUAAAGUAAAUAAUUCCUUAUAUUAGUUAAAUAUAAGGAAUCUGCAGGUAGAUUAUUUCAUUUAUAAUAUUGGAAAAAUGUUUUAACUGAAAUAAUGUGAAAGUAACUUGAAGUGUUUGGUCAACAAUCAGAAUUUAUUUCAACACCAAUAACUUCUGGCUGAAAAGUGAUUCGUAAAUUGAUUUGAAGUUAGUGAGAUAUUUUCAUUAGGAACCAAAAACAUUUUGUGUUUUUACAGUGUCUUUGUUGUUUCAGUAGAAAAUGAGUUUUCA